GGAGUGCCAGGGGGUGGGACUAGGCCAGACUGUGGAUGUGGCUCUGUACAAAAUCCCCACCCGAGCUGCCACCAUCCUCCCUCUCUGAGUCCCGAGGAGCCCGGCGCAGCCUGUGCCUUGCCGCAGCAGCACUGGCUGAUUGUAUCUGCUCAUCCACUCUUUUGAGGACCCUGCGUGACAGAGAGGGUUGUUCUUUGUUUGGUAUCGACGCUUAGAACUCUCAUCUGCUUUCAAGAGAGCCACACUUGGAAACUGGUUUCCUUUCAAGAUGUCCACAGUUCAUGAAAUUCUAGGCAAGCUCAGCCUUGAGGGAGAUCAUUCUCUUCCUCCGAGCGCAUAUGCCACUGUCAAGGCGUAUGCCAACUUUGAUGCUGACAGAGAUGCUGCAGCCAUUGAAACAGCCAUCAAGACCAAAGGUGUGGAUGAACUCACCAUCAUCAACAUUUUGACAAACCGCAGCAAUGAACAGAGGCAGGAUAUCGCCUUUGCCUAUCAGAGAAGAACUAAAAAGGAACUUCCUGCAGCACUGAAGGCAGCUCUCUCAGGUCACCUGGAGGCAGUGAUUUUGGGCCUGUUGAAGACACCGGCUCAGUAUGAUGCUUCUGAACUGAAAGCUGCCAUGAAGGGUUUGGGGACUGAUGAAGAUACUCUCAUUGAGAUCAUCUGCUCCAGGACAAACCAGGAGCUUUGUGAAAUUAACAAAGUCUACAGGGAAAUGUACAAGACAGAACUGGAAAAGGACAUUGUGUCUGACACCUCUGGUGACUUCCGCAAGCUGAUGGUUUCCCUGGCAAAGGGUAAAAGGUCUGAGGACACUUCUGUGAUUGAUUAUGAGCUGAUUGACAUAGAUGCUAGGGACCUCUAUGAUGCUGGUGUGAAGAGGAAGGGAACUGAUGUUCCUAAGUGGAUUAAUAUUAUGACUGAAAGGAGCAUUCCCCACCUCCAGAAAGUGUUUGAGAGGUACAAGAGCUACAGCCCUUAUGAUAUGUUGGAGAGCAUCAAGAAGGAGGUCAAGGGAGACCUGGAAGUUGCCUUCAUUAAUCUUGUCCAGUGUAUUCAGAACAAGCAGUUGUAUUUUGCUGACCGAUUGUACGACUCCAUGAAGGGCAAAGGAACCCGUGAUAAGAUCCUGAUCAGGAUUAUGGUCUCCCGCUCGGAGGUUGAUAUGCUGAAAAUUAAGAGUGAAUUCAAGAGGAAAUAUGGAAAAUCCCUCUAUUAUUUCAUCCAGGUAAAUCACAAGGCUCCCUGUUAUAAUCAUUGUAUGGGAUUUUCAGAAGCACUCAGCAUUGGUCUAAUUGCACCCAUUGAAGUCGAUGGGAAUUUUAUCACUGACUUCAGUGGGAGCAGUUAGAUCAAUGCCGAGCACUUCUGAAAAAUCCCACCCUUAGUUUUUAGGUGCUGUACACUCAGAGAGUCUAGCCAGCAAAAUUAUAUGCAGAUUUUAGGCUGCAUAUGCUGACUGUGCACCAGUCUGGGGGAAAAUGUCCACAUCCCUGGGGAAAAGCUGGGUCUUCCCAGAAUGCCAAACAGAGAAAAAAAAUAGCCACAGACAGGCUUGCUCUGGAGCUGCCCAAGGAAGAAGAGGUCAUGUAAAUUCCUGCCUGAUUCCAGGCUGUGCUGUCUGUGGAAGUUACUGUAGGCCUAGAGCUAGAGUAACCGCUGUCUGUGGCCCAUGAGGAGUGGGGGAAGAUAAGUCUCUAGCUAUUUUUUCCCUUCAUAAAUAUUAGAUGGAGAACCGGGAAUUUUGUUUCCCUGGUUACUGGCUCACAGCAGCAGCGGCUCGUGCCUCUGAUCACCAGAUAUGUUAUGGACACGCACACACCUGUCACCAUAUUAUGGACACACACACGUCACCAUGUAGGAGUCUCAACUUCCUUCCCCCACCCAGUAUUUGUAUGAGUGGUGCCUGGCAAUGGGGUGAAUUGAAAUCAGAAUCCUGAGUCCAAGAGGCCCAUUCUUUUACCCUCAAUGGAAUGCUGAAACAAGAUGUCCGUUCUGGGUGAAGUGGCCCCUUCUGAGAUGACUUCUGCAACGCACCAUCCACCCAUGCACCACCCACUCCUGCACUAUUAGUGCACUCUUCUACAGCAUUCUCUGAGACUCUGGCCCUGGGAAAGAGUUAGUCCUGGGGGCAGCAUAAAGCUGAAAGAAGUAUGUGGGUGCUGGUUUCCAAAAGGGGAAGUACCCUCUCAGAGUAGGCAAUGGUGGUCCCAGCUGUGGAGCCGCCACAGAGACAGUUUGGGGCCAGAUAGUCCUUUACAUGUUGUUGUUCAGUGCCCAUCCAGUUUUCACUACAGAGUGAGCAGCGAUGUGGCUGACAUCUUAUGUCCUUGGUUCAUAUACAGGGGGAGUUUCCCCGGUCCCUCUUUACUGGCAGAGAGAGCAAACAUCUUUCAUUUACACUGAGUCUCCUAAGAAAAGGCCAUAUUGUUAUAUUGGGGAGUGACAUGCAAUGUAUUCCAUUAGGGACUAGCUGGAUAUUAAACUGGUUCACACAAGGAUUCUAACCACCACUUAGAUACUAAACUUUACCAUUCUGUUAUGGCUGUGUAUUCUGGCCAAAUGCCCAUAGCAAUGGAACACAGUCUGCUAGAACUCGCAGGUCACCAUUAUAUGUCAGCCCAACAAUAGGGCCCAAAAUAUUGUUAGGCUGCGCCAGCUCUGCAAUAGACUUACUGGGUUGCCUCAAGCAAGUCACUUACUUUUUCUGUGCCUCUGCUCCCCAUGGAGCUAGAGGAUCGGAGAAAAGGAGGUAACACUAUCCAUCUGGUCUAUUUAGACUGUAAGAAUGUUAGGACAGGAACUGAUUCUUACUGUACGUAUGCAUAGUAAAGAUCAGUUCCUGUCCUAAAGCUCUUACAGUCUGUUAGAGUCUAUGGGCUUGUCUAUGCUUAAAAUGCUGAGGUGGCUCAGCUGUGCCACUGGGGCGCUUCAGAGUAGAGACUGCCUGCUCUGACAGGAUAGAUUCCACCAUUGCUGUAGUUAAUCCACCUCCCUGAGAGACAGUAACUAAAUUGAUGGAAGAAUUCUUCCAU